GCCGCCUCCUUCCUCGAGUGGGCUGCUUCAUUCACGACACAACGCGAUGCAUCCUGACGUUUCGUGACCUUCACUUCUCGUCGCAAUGUGACUCAUUUCGUGACAUCUUCUCACCUUUCUUCGUCGCCAUCUACCAACGAUUUACAUCCCACGCAUUACAUGUCAUUCGAUGUGUAGAGUCCUGCCGGACACUCCAUGAUGCCACCAUGGCAUUCCUAAAGCGCCUCUCGAGCAAUUUCAACCUACUCGCCUACCUCUCUCCGAGCAAGCCGGACCAGGCACAUCAAGCCGAUCUUCUCCAGAAGCAAGAGAAGGUCGGUCACAAGAGGAAACGGACGUCUUCUGCAACGAGUCUAGGCGCCAGCAGCAGAAAGCGACCUGCUCGAUAUGCGGAUUACUCGCCUGUCGCACACCUUCAGCCGCCACGUCUCAGCAAACCACUUCGUCGUCGGAUCUUCACUCCGCUUGAUCAUGAUGUCUCAUAUGAGGAGGUCGUGGACACAAUCGAAGCCAGUGACGAGAGGCUACCAGGAGAUAAGGAGGAUAUCAACGUGACGCCUAUCAAGCGCGAGAGAACAGACUCGCCUAUCCCCAACGAGGAGGAGGACCACAACGACGAAGUCCCAUUCGCAGAAGCCGCAUGGUCAGAGAAUCUCGACGACAGCGCCAUCCUGGACGAGCGCUCCUUCCACCUGACCAGCGGCCACCACGCCGUCGACGACGCCCUCAUCAGCCCCCAAACUCACCCGCGCAUCAUCCACGGGCCCGAAGAUCUUGGCCAACCGCAUUUCUCCACCUCCCAUCUCCGCUCCCUGGGCAAAGACGAAGACUACAUCACGCUUCUCCACCGGAUCGUCCUCCGCGGCUACGAACCUUUGCUUCCCGCCCACAUGCGUUUCGAUUUCCCCUUCCUGCCGGACGAACUCUUCGCCGCGAACAACGACCCCUGGACCGGCGCAGACUCCGGCGCCGCAUUCCUCAGCUCCCCCUCGCCUCCAUCCUCCUCCGCGCAUUUCCGCGCAACCAAAGAAUUCGAUCAUCUCAUGGACCUUAGCAGCCGUGUCCGCGACCGGGUCGAAAUGGCCGAGCAUUUUACCAUUCCACCCACACCGGAAGAAGCCGUCCAUCGCCAUCUCUCCCGCUAUUACAAUUUCCUCUUCGAUGACGCGGGGUUGGAUGCACAGACCAGAAUUCCCGUGCUGGCGAUGGUGUUCGGGGGUGUCAAGGAUUCCGCUGCUCUGUUGAGGGCGGAAGCGACGAGGAAAUGUGCGGCUUUGGCGGAGCGGUGGAGGGGUGCUCUUGCGGGGAUCGGAGGAGAUGAUGCGAGGAUUCCUACGCUGUAUGCGAUUGUCGCGUCGCAUACGAUUAUUGCGAUUAUGUCGUAUUCACCUCGACAGGAUGAUGAUGGGUCUCACAACGAUGAAAAUCGCGAUGAAGAUGAUGAGGAGUCAGAGCCGCAGUGCGCUGGCAUGGCGAUCUUGGAUCUCUCCGACGCGAACAAUGCCGUCUGGGAUGCCCUGGCGUUGGCUUGCGUGGGCUGUCACGCGAGGAAUGUCAUGGUGCGGAUGGCGCGGCUCACGGGUGUUGGACUGCUACGGUUGGAGGAGGAGGAGGUGAAUGGUGAGAGGAUGGGAGCUUCCGAAGAGGAGGAUCUGGAUGCUUGAUGGCAUGUCUCUCGCAUUUGCUUUGUGGCGGGAGGCAGGUCCUCUAGGGUUGUUGAGGUUCUUUCACCUCUCGUCCUGUCUUGCGCUUUCUCGCCGGUUGCUUUGUUGUUAUACUACAUGAUACCCCCCCCCCUGGCUACUCCUCCGAUAUCGAAUGAAUACAUGUUGAUAUC